UACUUGAAGUUGAGUUGUUGUCGGCGACACGCAUGAAAUGCGGUGACACUGUGAGUCAUUGACGAAUCCAAUCUCGAAUGAUUUGUUUGUUGGUUAGUGUACAACCACGCUCGGCGCGCUUGCUGACGUCACAGGUCAGAUUACCGCGCAUGCGCACAAAUCCAUCGGCUGCUAACAAGCUCGCGCCGAGGCAAUACAACCGCCAGUCAGUAUCAUUCGCACAGCAAUGGAGCUACCGGUUUUGGGAGAUCGGAUAUUUCAAGCGGAUAACAUACAAAAGAAACGUUACCGAAAGGGUCGCGUUGAGUAUCUUGUCAAAUGGAAAGGCUACACACUGAAGCACAGUACAUGGGAGCCUAAAGACAACAUUCUCGACCCACUGUUGAUAGCGGAGUUCGAAGACAAGCGUCAACACUGGUAUGGGAGAAAACGACAAAAACUGCAACAAAAGAGACGGCAAAGCCAGAUGUCGGCCGGAAGUCCCCAGACAAGUGACACAGUAGCAGACGACAGUGACCUCGACGAGCAGGAUGGAACACAAUCUCUUUACGGCGAUAACAGCACGCAUCAAAAUCCCGAACAACAAGAUUCGAUGAACAACAACUUUUGGAGGCCAUUCUUUGGAGGCAAUGAUGACUGUGAAAGUCCCAUGUCAGAAGACUCCAGCACUGAGAAGGAAUCGGACAAGGACAGUGAUUAUGACCCGGAGAAUGAUUUAGAGUCGAGUAAACAUGUAUCACGAUCAGGAUGUACCGACCGCGACCUCUACUCUGUUGAGGAAGGCGAGGAGGUGAGGGGUCGAUCCUCGCCGUGUAGCGAUCGAGCUUUCUGGGGCAUGCCCUUCGAUAAGAAAGUAAACACGGACCUGAAUCUGUUACCCCUCACACGUGGGGCGGCGUGCAAAGAAGGGGAGCUAACUGCCUGCGAGGCAUUGAUCCGGUUAGGCGAAUGCAGGGACCAUCUCAACAACGUUAUCGAGCCAAUGAAAUCGGAGUAUCCAGCAAAACAAGAGAGUAGCGAUCGAUACUCGCAAGGCUUUUGUGAAAGGGAUUCUGAUUCAGCGGCAGUGAAAAGCCGAUCCAAGAUGUAUUAUCCCCCUAAUGGAGAGCCCCCGCUUAAAGUGCUUGUAACCGAUGUCACCUGUAAUUUCAUCAAAGUAACGUUUGUGGAAAGUAACACCGAAAAAGGAUUCUUCAGAAAUUCGUUGGAUACGAAUUAAUGUGUAUAUUUCACCAUCACCUCAUAGCAGUGAGUCAGAAUAUUCUACAUUUCGCACUUUUGAGUCAUCCCUGUCUGCCAUGUGUGCAAUCGACUCGCACGUGGAUGUGCCGCCGUGUUCUGUGAGGGUCUGAACCUGUGGGUGAGAAUCUCAAAAUAUGGAAGUUGUAUUUUCGAAUGGAUAUUUGUGACGAUCAUUUACAGAUUCGUUUGUUCGAGAUGGAUAGUAUAUUUUGUGAGAUUGGUAACUUUUUCCGAAAGCAUAUACGUCAAAAUGUGUAAAGAAUCUUCGAUAUUUAGAUACAGAGGUUGAAAGUGGAUGCAGAGCAAUGUGCAUAAUAAACAGGAUACAUGAGAAUGGACUGUGGAACGAAAGAAUGACCAAAGACCAAACUUUAAUAACAUUUGUUGGGAAAAACAGGAUAUUUUGUACAUAUCAAAUCUACGUGCUUGGAGAAUUUAUUACACAAGGGACAUUUCGAUUUUAGAAAAUAUAUUUGUGUAUGUAAUUCGUGCCAUACGCUGUGAUGUGACCAGCCAUGUACAUGUACGUUUGGUGUACUUAACACAAGUGUUUGAAUUAGACCAUAGUAGAAAUAUACCCACCCAUUGACAUCCUCAACUGUGGACCAUCUUCUGACAUCUGCACUAAUAAGUACAUGCCUGGUGUAUGUAGCUAUGGACCAUGCGCUCGUGAUGCACGUGCAUGACACAUGUCAAUUGCUUUUCAAGAUGACAAUCUCAUCAGUCAAUGUAACAAAACCAUCGGCACCUUUUUUCCAUCUGCACAAAACACACAUUGGUGUAAGCUGGUGUAAUGUGAUAGUGUACAUAAAAUCUCUCUUCAAAAUCAGAAUCUUGA